AUGCUCUCACGAUUUGCACUUCGACCCUCACUCUGUCUUUCGCCGAGUGUUCGCCAGUUCUCCAAGACGAUUUUCAACAAUGCACGUAUGGGACGCGGUAGCACUGGCAUUCAUCGAUUCGGUGAAAGUGUUGGAAUAGGUGUGCGCCCCGGAAAAACCUUGAAGGAACGACUGCUUGGUCCGACCACUGGAGCCCCAUAUAUUUAUGGAUCAUAUGCACUGGCAGGAGCUUCUGUGUUCGGCGUGGGAGCGUUGAUGUAUUAUGGAUUAGUUUCUAAGGAACAAUCGAUUCUUCAAUCAAGCGCACUCUGGCCAGCUUAUGUUCGCGAACGACUCUCAUCAACGUACUCGUACUUGGCAGGCAGUUUGGCAGUGACAGCAGCUAGUGGAGUUGCAGCCUCGCGUAAUGCAGCUAUCAUGCGUCUCACUCAAACUGGAGGGAUCAUGGGCCUCUUCGCCACCUUGGCGGUUAUCAUUGGGACCGGAAUGCUCUGUCGUGCAAUUGACUACGACAGCACAGUUGCCAAGCAUAUGGCGUGGAUGCUCCAUUGCGGUGCUAUGGGUGCUGUACUUGCGCCCCUAGUCUACAUGGGUGGACCCGUGUUGAUGAGAGCGGCAUGGUACACUGCUGGCAUUGUUGGUGGUCUCUCUGCGACUGCCAUCACUGCGCCAUCUGAGAAAUUCUUGAUGAUGUCGGGCCCCCUCGCCAUGGGGUUAGGAGUCGUUUUUGUCGCCAACAUUGGAACGUUCUUCUUUCACCCUGGCACUGCUCUCGGAGCUGGAUUAAUGUCGAUCGUGAUGUACGGUGGCCUGAUUCUGUUCUCUGCAUUUUUAUUACACGAUACACAACGAGUUGUUAAACACGCUCAAAUCUAUCCACGUCGCGAAGAUGCAAUGAUGUACGGAAUGCCAAUGACUAAUGCCAUCAAGAGCUAUGAUCCCAUCAAUGCGCAACUGUCGAUCUACUUGGACGUCCUCAACAUCUUCAUUCGAAUGGCGAUGAUUAUGGGUGGAAUGAGUGGAAAUCGAAGAAAGUGA